ACUCAGGCCGGGGCGGUACCUGGUGCCGGCCGAUGUGUGAGAGCGGCGGCCGGACCGGGACGAUGCAGUCAUUGCUGGCUUGUGGCCGCCUUCUGGCCCGUGCACUGCUCGGGGGCGGCCUCCAGCGGACGGACAGGAGGGAGUACCGGCUCAUCACCGUCGGCUGCGGCUUCGGCAAAGACCGCUGCAAGGGCCUGGGCUACGGGGAUGACGCCUGUUUCGUGGCCAGUCACAGGCUGGCGGACGUGUUGGGAGUUGCAGAUGGUGUUGGAGGAUGGUGGGAUUAUGGUGUGGAUCCAUCUCAGUUUUCCACUACGCUGAUGCAAACUUGUGAGCGGCUUGUUCAAGAAGGACUGUUUGUUCCCAGUAACCCAGUGGGCAUCCUGAUGGCCAGUUACAAAGAAAUGCUUCAGAAUAAGGUUCCAUUAUUGGGUAGCAGUACUGCUUGUCUUGUAGUUCUGGACAGAGAAAAACGCUGUUUAUACACAGCUAAUUUGGGAGACUCUGGCUUUCUGAUAGUGCGCGAUGGGAGGAUCAUACAUAGAUCAGAUGAGCAGCAGCAUUACUUCAACACUCCCUUUCAGCUAGCAAUCCCACCCCCUGAGGCUCAAGAUUCAAUUCUCAAUGACAGCCCUGAAACGGCAGAAGAUUCCACAUUCAAUGUAGAAGUGGGUGAUAUCAUUCUUACAGCAACAGAUGGGCUUUUUGACAAUAUGACUGACUACAUGAUCUUGCAGCAACUAAGACAGCUGAAGGAUUCUAAUUAUGAGAGCAUGAAAGAAACAGUGCAGAACAUAGCAGAACAAGCCCAGCAGCUAGCAUAUGAUCCGAACUACAUGUCCCCUUUUGCACAGCGUGCCUGUGAGAACGGGUUAAAUGUCCAAGGUGGCAAACCUGAUGACAUCACUGUGCUAUUAUCAGUAGUGACUGAGAGCAAAGAAUGAAGAAGAAAGUUUUGCCUCAUUGGCCACAAGUGCCCAUCUGACACACCCCAAUCUCUGCUGUGAGAAUCCCAUCUCUGUUGUGGGCAUCCUACUGGAGACUGUUCUCAGAUGACCAACUUUUAAGGCUAUUUUUGAACUAUUGGGUGAACAAUUUCUAAUUAGUUCCAGUCAUUUGAAAACAGUUACAUUUGUUCUUUACUGCUUUUUGCAUCCUAUGAAAUGUGUACUGCUUUUUGCAUCCUAUGAAAUCCUAUGAAAUGUGAAAGCUUGUCUCCAAAAUCUGUACCCCUUGCAUUAACCUCACCCAAACAUUUUUUAAUCACACCAUGGUAAUGCCAGUUAUUGUCCUUGAUGACAAAUGAGUCCUAGAAAUCCAGCCUGUUAAAAGAUGUGUUCUUUUUAAAAAAUAUUUUGCACUCUUGAAUCACUUAAUUAACUAAAUAGCAUUCAGGAAAAAUUCAAGUGGCUUUGUUUUAAAUAUGGAUUGGGAUGAGAUGCAUGAUAUAGGGUGCUUAUUCUAUUUUGCUAAUAUCCUUUGUUCUGGGUGGACUGGAGUGUUAGUUUUUGGCUCAGUCUCUUUGGGAGAGGAGAUGCCUAAGAACAGAUCCAGCCUCAGUACAAUAUAAGAUGAUGAGUGAAAGCAGUGUGGAAUACAGUUCUAAUAUGAUGAAACAUGCACAACUCAUUAGAUCCUGAUAGUGAGCUAAACAGUGCCUAAAAACCCACCGUACUAGGAAACAGCCUGGGUGUACAGCCAUUGUUGUAGUUGCCCCCCCCCCCAUUACUCUUCCCAAAUAAGUGUACUAUGACAACUUUACCUCUAAGCAAUGGAUUCUUUAGUCUCUUGAAUUGUUUGAGAGCAAUCUAUAUAAAAUUGCAGUGGGUGAGCCCUCUGCUCAUUGGCAAUUAUUGUUAAUUGGUUUAAGUUGCAAAAGCCUUAUGUGAACAGCCUGGAGAGCAGUGGACAAAGCAGUUGCUUGGACCAGAUCUGGAAUGAGGAAUAUUACCAAGACAGAAAUGUUCUUCUUGAACAUGCUCUGAGCUUGCAUUGAUUUGGACAUCAGGCAGUUUGCUGCAAGCCAGUGUCACACUGCAAAGUAUGCAGCAGUGAGAAGAGAUCUUUGGAGUGUGAUGCUUGGUUAAUGUAAUUGUAGAACUGAGCUAGACCAGCAUUUGUCACCAAUGGUUAAUGGUCAAUCGUAUUCUAAAAAUACAAAUGAUUAGAUUUAGUUCCAGAUGUUUUCUUUGGAGAGUAGUUGUGAAGGAAUUACACUGUUAAAACUCUUCCACAGCUGGUUGUUGCCUUGACAAUCUUUUUUUAAGGACAUAAAAUGAGCAGAAGCUGCUUGAUGAUUUUUGUCACCAACAUUUACAUUGAUGUUGUUCUCACAGUUUCAGUUUGUUAUUGAUUCUUCCAUCACUGUCAGGUGCUCUCCUGUAUCAGGGUAACUGUGCACGUAAUGAUGGAGUGGGGUUGGUUGGACUGUUUGCUCAGUUCUCCUAUGAAAUGGUCCACUGUGAAUGUAUCUGUACUACCUGUUAGACAUGGGCUGUUCACUGGCACCAAGGGUGUUUUUCUCUUGGUCUGUGUUGGUUUACCAGCAAUUAUACUGAACACAGAGCUUGGAGAAAUUUAUAUAUUAGAAUUUAGGGAACAUUUUAGAAUUAUGAACAUUUGCAAAGUAUGAGGCAGCCAUUAAAAAGCAUAAAUGUAACAGGUGCUGAAAAUCUGAAGUGAAGCCAAAAAUGCUAGAAGUACUUAACAGGGAAAGUAGCCUUUUAGGGAAAGGAGGGAAGGAAAGAGGGAGCUAAUGCCUCAUAAUGAUCUAUCACAGUAUUUGGAGAAGUUGUAAUUUAAAUGUUUUAAGGUACAAAGAAUGGACAGGGCCAGGUCUGAAAUCACAGUCCUGUAGGACAGGUGGAAUGUGAGAUGCUCUUCUGUGAGCUUCGUUGCACAGUGUGUGAUGAAGAUAAAAGUGGCAGGUCACUGGGAUUCCUGUGCAGACAGAAUAAAGGUGCUCUGUAAAGCAAUAGUUUCAGUAACUCUUGAACUCGAAUACCCUAGAUAUUUCAUCCCUUCAUAUUUCUCUUGGUUUGUGCAAUGUGUUCAUUACCACUUCUGAUCUUCCCCUCCGUCUAUUCCUAAUAACUUGUCUUCAGCCAAGGACUCAGUUUCAACUCUUUAAGUCUCCAUCUCAGUGAAUUCUAAGCCUGCUGUGAAGCUGAGCUCUAAUGCUGCCUCUGCAUCCAUUUCUUUGGCCAGGUACCUUCAGACUGUGGGCCUUUUCUGCUAUUCUUGAUCCAACUGAAUCUCUCCUCCUGGCCUCUAUUUCUCCUAGAUCUCUUCACCACUAACUGCUGGUGUAAUACCCUCUACAUGUAUUCCUCUAACCUACCUUUCAUGCUUGUCGUGCCACAUCCUCUGAAGAGAGCCCCUGAUUCUGCUGCUGAAGGUGGUGCUUUCAUUGUUUGUCUACUUACCAGCUAUCCUGCACAACCUGCCUGAGCCAUGAAAUAGUUUCCCAGACCAUUACUGAGCUUAUUUUCUUGAAAUCCUCCCGCAACAAAUUCCAGUUUCAUAAUUUUCCAAUCCCCACUCUAAACUUCUACCUCUUUCCCAAGACCCCCAAUCAGGGGAAGUGUUCAGCAGCUUAUCAUAAUUAUUGGUGUAGGAUUGAGCAAAGCUAUCCUAUUGAAAUAAAGCUCUUGCAGAGAAAGAGCUGCAGAGAUGGUUUUCAGAAAAAGUUGCACCAAAGAAGUUCAUAAUUUUGUGGCUUUUCAAGAAUUGCAAUAUAUGUACAUCAUUAUCUUAAAAUUAUCACAGGCUGCUGGUAGAUGUCUGUCACUUUAUAGCUCUGCAAAUUGUCUGCAGUCUUAAAGGAGCUAAAGGGUGCAGGUUCGCCGAGUCUCUCAGUGCACAUUGGAAGCUAGAGAGCUUGCACAAUAUUAUUUGGUCUUUCAUCCUUCCUGAAAAGGCAAAAUUUUUAUUUACUGUGUUGAAUCAAUGUGUAUUUUUCAACUUUAAACCAGCUUAUCUGCACCUCAGCAGCGUGUAAUAUAGAAACCCUGGAAGAUACAAGGGAAGCAGUUUUAUAUGAAGGCAAGAACCAUACAAUUAAAGUGAUUACUGUUAAUAUUUUGAUCUGGGAAUUUAGAACUACAGUUUAGUUCAGUGGGAUAAAUAAGAUGAAAGCCUGAGGGAAAAGUUAGCAGGCUUUUUGCGGCACUGGCAUUGUGACUAUUUCACAUAUUUCUCUGCAAGAUAUAACUUGACUUAAGAUUUGAUUUUUUUUUCCUUCUGAAAAGAGCUGCUGCUUUUGAAUUGAGCCAUUGAUAUUGCUGCAGGAAUAUAUCUGUGAUUCUCUGUAUAUAAUUUAUUUGUUUAUGACAGACACAUGCACUACCUACAUGGAUUUAUACAGGUGCUUUUCAGGUUUGGUUCUGCUGUAAUCUUCAGUUUUAAAAAGAAAAGUCUAAUUUUUGUUGUUUAUUUUUUAGUCUGCAGUGGCAGUUUCUUAAGAGUCAGAUAUCUUUAGACAAUGACGUAAACAGUGCACUUGAAAACUUUAGAACAUCUCUUAAUCUUAUAGAUCUUAAAUGUUAUAAUUGAAGUAUGUGAUGCCAUUCAUUUUAUUUAUAUUCUGUAAUGUCAGAAACUGUUAUAAUGUAUAGAUUAACUGUGGACUCUUGUGUGAAAAAGGAUCUAGUGCUCUAUGGUUUACAUGACAAAUAAACCCUUCUCAGGCUUCCAGCCAGGUAUUGGUAUUUAGAUAUAACUGAAGUUUUGUUGACAAACUCUGCCAUCUUCUUCAGAUUUGAUACCUGGAUAUGUCUAGUCCAGUGGUACUUAUACACCCAUAGUCCGUCCCUGCUGAUUGAUUAGUCCUCAUCCAAUCAGGCUUCUGCUCUCCUCUUUGAUUACAAUGGAAUUUCAGUUAUUACUUAGAGCAAGACCUUUGUUUUUGGUAAAAUUCUUUUUCUCUAGUUUUAUUUCAAUAGCUUCCUUUACCAGACAGUCCCAAAAGUCAUUGGUGCUGCAUAGUAGUUCUGUGCCAUCAAAGUCCCAAGAAGAGUUUAUUCGUAUUUAGAUCCAAUCCAUCAUUUUCUAUAACAGAAAAUUUAAAAAAUUUUCCUUUUUUUAUUCCUACUGAACUCUCUAGGAGAAAUUGGAUAAGAAACAGAACAACAUCAGAAAUCCGAUUUAAAAAAAAAUCUGUUCGGUAGCAUAAAUAAUAGAGAUGAUGGGAAUGGGUUAUACAACAUUUAAACUCAAAAGCUUUACUGAAAAAUAUUAUCUUGUUCAUUUUAAUAUGAAUAAGUACAAUCAACUAUAUCCCCAAUAUCAUUUACUAUUGAGCUCCUAAGUCUUUUCAUCAACCCCUCUUCUGUAUGUCCAUCAUUUUCUCACACCAGCUGUGUGUACGUCUCCCUUACAGUUUUAUUACUGUCUCUCUUCCAUUUCUACUGCAAUCUUCUUGAUCAAAUUGCCCUCCUGCCAAGUAACUCCCCUUGCUUCUCCUUUUGUGCCUUCAUCUUCCUCGGUUGCCUAGCCCUUUCUUUCUUUCUCUCCUUUUACCCAUGACCUCUUUUCUGCUAUUAGAAAUGACAAUAGAUGCUUAUUACAUUUUUUCAGUACAAAGCCCAAAGUUGUAUGUUUUAGUGCAAGUUACCGUUGUCUCACUCUGGGCAUAUACUAAAUUGAAACUCAGAGCCACUAACCAUUUCAGAGCUAUGUACUUUCAGUUAAUUGAAGCUGAUAUUUUUAUUGUAUGUUGGGUUUUCUUACUUUCGGUUGAGAUUUUUUAAUGCUGUAUAUCUAUGGAUGCUGAAAAACUCUGAGCUUUUGCCACUAAGACGUCAAUAACUCUAGUUAGAAUUCAUUAAUAUAAAUACCAAAAGAAUACAAUUGCUCCAGCUUUUAUAUUUAAUUUUCUUUUAUUGUGCCAAAUUAUUUUAAUUGAGUGCAUGCUGUCGACUGUUGACAGCCAUGAACUGCCUGCUUUUGGGACCAAACUAUUUCUUUUCUGUACUUUUCUAGCAGUUGGUUUUCAGGUUUCCUCAUCCAGUGGGAAAUUUGAAGAAGUCACAUCUAUCAUUAGAUAUGUUGAUGUAGAUAUGGAGAUGAAUUUGAACUGUAUUGGCUCUUUGGAUGAAUAAUGAGUUGUCUUGUGCUUACCUAAUUUGUGCCUCUAAUAUCUGUAAUAGUGUGUCAUUUAAAAGCUUUGGAAGUUAAAAUGGAUUCAGAAGACCGGAAGUUUGUUGUUAAAAUGUGCAUCAGUGCAAGUCCUGAACACCAGUUGUACCAUUGGGAACUACUGUCAAAACUGGUCUGCAACUCUUAUAUUUUUUAAAGAAGGCCUGCUUUUGGAUAGGAACAUUUGAAAUAUUCUUUUUAAAACAGAAGUAGAAUUAGUUGAGUCUUCCAGCAGGCAGGACUCUGAAUCGAGGACCAAUAGUGAUCAAAAAUGUAACCUCCUACUUGAUCUUGCAGAAUACUUAAAAAGGUUUUAUAAAGCCAAAGGUUUGCUUAAUGGCAGUUUGCAGAGUCAUGAACAGCCCUUAAGCUGGUGUAUUCAUGUGAAAAAGAUCAUAUUUGUAAAAUAUUGUAGUUUCAUUCACCAUAUAACCGGACAUAAUGUUGGGUUACUUUGUUCCAUGUUUCCUAUCUGCAACAAAACCAAACUCUGAAAAGCUCCAGUGGAGUUGUGAACACCUGCUUUUUUUGGGUGCAGUUAUCUUUGUGCAUAAUAACUUAUGGGAAGAACUUGUUGAAUUACAUCUUGUUUGUCUUCAUUUGUAAUUUGAAAGUCAAGUAAAUUUUUCUUUAUAUCCAAUAUUGUAAAAAAUAGGUUUGUUGAAAUUGUUGAAGUUUGACAUUCAUAACUUAUAAACUGUAAAUCUAAUUAUAAUCUUUAUUUAUUUAAA